AUGGGGUUGAGGCAAUGGCCUCAACUCACACUUGCAACGGCACUUUGCCUAGUUGCUAUCAGUGUUAGUGCUGAUUAUAGCCCUUAUGCGUACCAAUCUCCACCUCCGCCGUAUGUGUACAAGUCACCUCCUCCUCCAUCUCUCUCACCACCACCUUCUUAUUACUACAAGUCUUCGCCUCCACCAUCUCCUUCACUGCCUCCGCCAUAUGUGUACAAGUCACCUCCUCCUCCAUCUCCAUCACCACCGUCACCUUAUUAUUAUAAAUCUCCUCCUCCACCAUCUCCAUCACCACCUCCACCAUACAUCUAUAAGUCGCCUCCUCCUCCAUCUCCCUCACCACCUCCUCCGUAUGUGUACAAGUCACCGCCACCUCCAUCUCCCUCAUCACCACCUCCAUAUCAUUACAAGUCUCCACCCCCACCUUCUCCAUCACCACCACCUCCAUAUGUAUACAAGUCACCACUUCCUCCAUCUCCAUCACCACCACCUCCAUAUUAUUACAAAUCUCCACCUCCACCAUCUCCGUCACCACCACCUCCAUAUGUGUACAAAUCUCCACCUCCACCAUCUCCGUCACCACCACCUCCAUAUGUGUACAAAUCUCCACCUCCACCAUCUCCCUCACCUCCUCCCCCAUAUGUUUACAAGUCUCCACCACCCCCAUCUCCAUCACCACCACCUCCAUAUAUUUACAAGUCCCCGCCUCCACCAUCUCCUUCACCACCCCCUCCUUAUAUCUACAAGUCCCCUCCUCCACCAUCCCCCUCGCCUCCUCCGCCAUAUGUUUAUAAAUCACCACCACCUCCAUCUCUUUCACUGCCACCUCCAUAUCUAUACAAGUCUCCACCUCCGCCAUCACCCUCUCCUCCACCUUACUACUAUAAAUCUCCUCCUCCUCCUCCUCCUUAUGUGUACUAGUGAUCCACUAGUAAAUUUUAAUGAGCUUUCUCUUAUAAACCCCAUUUGAAUUGUUUCGGUGAUUAUUUUAUAUAUACCCAUUAUUUCUGUUUGUAUUCAAUACUUUCAUUGAUAAUAGGGUUUACAAUAAAGUGAGUAUCUUAUAAUGUAUCCCUUGUUGUGAUUAUAUAUGCAAUACCAUUUGCAUGUCAUUCAAUGAAUAACACAGAAGAGUUUAAUUUCUUGAUUUA